CCAUGUUGCACCAACGGGCUUACGGUGAAGUUAUCUCAAAAAUAUGGUUUACACAGUUUCAAACAACACUGAGGUCGAGUUCGCAACAGGUUUGCGUCCGGCUUCUCCCUAGCCCUCGCUGUUUAUUUGACGAACCGGUGCACGUGAAGGUAGAUGGACUUUCUCCCCACCAGAAAGUAGAGUUGAGGUCCAAACUCAAGGACGAUAAAGGGGUCAUCUUCAGAGCUUCCGCUCUGGUCGCUGCAGAUGCUAGCGGACAGGUGGACCUGUGUCGCUCUCCUUCUCUGGGCGGAAGCUACACGGGAGUUGAAUCCAUGGGCUUGUUUUGGGCCAUGGUGGCCGAGACUCCACACAGCAAACUGUUUAAAAAAAAUGUUUUGGGUUCAAUGAUGGUUGACAUAGAAGUGCUACAUGGGGACACAGGUGAGCUCUUGGCCACAGAGACCAACGAGAGGCGGUUCAUGACGGAAGGGGUAAGGAGAAUACCGUUGGGCAUGAAUAAAGGGAGAAUACGGGGAGUCCUCUUUCUACCACCCGGGCAGGGUCCAUUCCCCGGUGUACUGGAUGUGUAUACUCUGGGUGGAGGUAUAUCAGAGGUCCGGGCCAGUCUGCUGGCUAACAAAGGCUUUGUGGUUCUGGCUCUGGCCUACUAUGGCUUCCAGGACCUGCCCAGAACCGUGCCCAAAUACUUUGACCUGGAGUACUUUGAAGAGGCUAUCACUUUCCUGAGGCAACAGCCACAGGUACAGGGUCCAGGAAUAGGAAUCCUGUCCAUCUCGAAGAGUGGGGAUCUUGCUCUGUCCAUGGCCUCUUUUCUCUCUGGCAUCUCAGCCACAGCCUGGAUCAACGGCAGCAACGCUAAUACGGUGGUGCCACUGCACUACAAAGACCUCAUCAUCCCUUCCAUCACGCCUAUUGUUGAGAACGUCACCUUCUCCCCGUCCGGCAUCCUUGACAUCCGAGACGCCUUACCGGACCCAGAGACUGAGUUGAACCGCGGUUCCGUGAUCCCAAUAGAGCGUUCCAGUUCUAGGUUCAUCUUCGCCGCCUCUGAGGACGACAGGAACUGGAACAGCUGUCUCUUCGCCCAACAGGCUGCCGCCCGGCUGAGGCAUCAUGGGAAAGAGAACUUUGAGGUGGUGAUGUACCCCAGGGCGGGGCAUUUUCUGGAAGUACCCUAUAUGCCCCACUGCCCGUCUGGCUUCCAUUCCGCGGUUGGUCAAGUGGUGGUGUUUGGGGGAGAGGCUAAAGCCCACCAUCAGGCUCAGCUGGACCUGUGGAGGAGGGUACAGGAGUUCUUCAGGAAACACCUGGAGGGGAACAACACUGGUGAAAAAGCUACGUUAUAGACUAGAGGAGUUUCUGUUGUUUUCAGUGCCAUGAUGUCCCUGAGGAGCAAAUUCAAUGCAUGAGCAGCACAGACAAUGGGUGUGAUGUGAGGGUAGGACUCCUCCACUUUAGAGCAAGCGGCCUUCAUGUUCCCAGCAUUGUCUGUCACCAGUGGAAAUGCCUCCUGUGGUCCAAGGUCAUUGACUGCCUUCAGCUCAUCUGCAAUCUAGAGACUGGUGUGUUUGUUGUCCUGUGUAUCUGUGCUCUUGUAGAAUACUGGAUAAGGGGUGGAGAUGAUGUAGUUCAUUAUUCCUUGCCCACGAACAUUCAACCACCCAUCCGAGAUGAUUGCAAUAGUCUGCUUUUUCUAUGAUUUCCUUGACCUUCAUUUGAACUCUGUUGAACUCUGCAUCCAGCAAAUGAGUAGAUAAAGAAUGUCUGGUUGGAGGGGUGUAUGCUGGGUGAAGAACAUUCAGAAAUCUCUUCCAAUACACUUUGCCUGUGAGCAUCAGAGGUGAACCAGUUGCAUACACAGCUCGAGUAAGACAUUCAUCAGCAUUUCUAUGACUACGUUCCUCCAUUGAGUCAAACUUCUGAUUCCAGGAGGACCAUGAGCUGUUGCUAUCGAUAAGGAGUCUGAUUCAUAAGUUUCACCUCAAAUAGAAGUAGAGGUACUUUUGUCAGAGGUUGCUUGUUGUGAGUGCUGAGGGAACUUUAUGCACUUGGCCAGAUGAUUCUGCAUAUUUGUUGCAUUCUUCACAUAUGAUUUGGCACAGUAUUUGCAAAUGUACAGAAGGCUGUUUAGAAGUGUGCAAUAUCUUGAGAAUCAGUUGUACAUGUGAUGGAAGAAUGUACUGUGCAUGCAGAGAGUUGCAACUCCAUUGAAAUAGGGAUAGUUUAACCAAAAUAUGCCACAAGACCUAGAAUUGCCUUAUGUGUAUCCCACAAAAAAGUUCACUGUUAUAAGCUAACUUUCUUUGAUGAAUUUAAGCAAAAUUCCCCAAAUUCCCGGGCUUAACUUCCCAUGGAAAAUUCCCGACCCUUUGCAACCCUAGGUAUGUGUCAUCUUAAUUCACAAACACUAACAGAUACUGAGAGAGUUUGUUAUUUGUGUGAAAUAUUUAUAUUCUGGGAUAGUUGUUCACUGAAAUGCUAUCAUUAGUUGCUUAUGCUAUUACAAUAUAAAUAAAUGUCUUCUGCUCUCCGUUAUAAUGUUAGGUCAAAUUCACAGGGUAAAGUAGAGGAUUAGCCAAUCAGUGGCUAAAGACCACCCACUUGCCUUGAUUUACAUAUCCCUUUUAUUUUGAACAAGACCAUGAAAUUAUGAAAUGGAUCAUGUGAUACAGCGCCAUUAAAGAAGUGAUAAACGUUAUAAUGAAAAAAUAAAUUGGGAAAUGCAAUGUGUCAUUAUGAAAUAAAAUAUGGUAACAUUUAUAGAAAAGUGACACUGAAAUAAGAUUUCAUAAUAAUCCAUCCAAUAGUUUCCAGAAGCACAUGCUCAUUAUUUUUCAACCAGGAUUAUAGUAUGCAGCGAGUCUUUGACAAUGACUAUUAUUCAUUAUUUAAACUUUUUAAUUAAAACAUUUGUGUCAAUCUCUCCUCCUGUUUUUAACAUUAUAAGCAGAUGUAUCGUGCACACCAGAAUUAUUUACCAGCCAAUAAAUUUGGGGGGGAUUUUGACCUAAGUCCUUGACUUUAUCCUAAUGAGUACUUCACAGUAUGCAAAUGGUCGCCACUACCGUCUAUCAAAUAGUAACAUGCAGUUAACCUAUAUUUGUGUGUGAGUAAGCAAUAAUCAUCUCUGGGGUUGGCAGCUGUCUCCUUCCAGCUUUGGCCUCCUGUUGCAAUUGUUACUUGAAGUUAGAUUUAGACCACAAAUAACACAUGACUUUUUUUAAACGCAGGUGCCUUUCUAUUUUAUCUGUCAUUGCAAAGUUACACAGAAUGUGCUCAGGAAGGGGGGGGGGUUUAGAUUGUGUAUCCUAUGUGAUUGUUCCUCAACUUUUCAUGAAAAAACACAUGCUCCUGUACUGUAGAGUGUAGACAUACCUAGUCCUUUGAUGUAAAGAAAUGAUGCUAGCAGAAAGUAUAUUCUAUGUAUACACAGAACACUCCACCUCAGUUAAAAAGACAUGGCAAAGUGGUUCUUUAAAAGUGUUGCAGUUUGAUUUACUGGUACUGUAAGGUCAGCUUUGAUACUUUUAAUAUAGGUUUCUGUUAAACCAGCAUUAUGUACCCAAUGUCAUCAAUACAUUAUGGACUGUAUUCAUGAAGGACUCUGAUUAUCAAUCCCCAAGGGAAAUGAUCUCUGUGGAAUAUCUCAAAUAACAAAAAUAGAUGUUAGUGUGCUACUCUAUGGCUUUCUCUGGUAAAGCAGUGAAAAAAAUAAGCUAAACAUGGAGAGAGACUUUUCCAAUGUGGUUUUCUGUGAAGAAGUAAACAUCAUCCUAGAUGAAGUGGGUGACAGAGAUCAUCUGGUUGCCUGAGUCAUAGCUAUGCCGUCUGCUUUAGGAACAAACAAUCCCUUAGCAGAGAAUACAAUGCAUUGUCAUUGCAUUACGCUACUAUGACAUCUGGCGCUAAAAUAUGACCAGUGGCAAGGAGAUGGCGUUCACACACAACUCACUCACUGUGCGAUCAAUCAUCCAUUGUGUUUCAAAACUCAUGGAAAUAACUGUAAAUAAAUACUAUGGUAGUCAUUAACCCAAUCAGAGUUGAAUUCUCCCUCUACUUUAGUCUGUGGCACAAAUGAGUCUGACCUCAGUAAAUGCUCUUCUAUAUCCUACUGUGGUGGUGGGUGUACCUUUCUGUCUGUGUCACUAGUGAUGAUCUGGUACUCCUCAGGGUGGUAGCAGACACUUCUAACCAGAGUAUAUCUGCUGUUUCUAUUUGUUUCACUAUUUCACUGUUUCACUUAGUAUUUGAUUAUAUUUGUUAAACAAUUAGUCCUUUCUUCAUAUCAAUAGCAUUGUAACCAGAUUUUGUUAUGAAUAAACAUGAGCCAAGGCA